AUGAAAAUACACUCCUUUCUCCUGCCAGUGCAGGCACUCCCCAUUCUAGCUGCCAACACCCCAUUCAGUGUCUCCGGAAGAUGGAUUCUUGACUCCACUGGGUCUCCUGUUACCUUUGCAGGAGUGAACUGGCCCGGUGCAGGCGAGGCCAUGGUCCCAGAAGGCCUCCAAUACGCCUCCAUCGAGUCGACCGUAUCAAAGAUAAAAUCCCUAGGAAUGAACGUCAUCCGGCUCACCUUUCCCAUCGAACUGGUCGACAACAUUCUGGACAACGGCGACACCACCGUCCAAGACUCCUUCAUCAACGCCUUAGGAUCCGAGAAUGGAACCGCCGUGUUUAACCAGAUCACCUCAUCCAAUCCCCAGAUCACAAACAGCACGACCAGACUGGAUGUCUACGACAUGGUCGCAGAAGAGUGCAAUACCCAGGGAAUAUACGUGCACCUCGACAACCACAUCUCCAGAGCAAUGUGGUGCUGCUCCAACGACGACAACAACGCCUGGUUCGGGGACGCAGACUUCGACGUGGAAAAGUGGAAGCGCGGACUGGAAUACAUGGCUUCACACGCAGCCUCCUGGUCUUCAUUUACUGGUAUCGGUCUGCGGAAUGAACUGCGCGAACCUACAACCGAAAACCAGGAUUAUCCGUAUAACUGGGAGACGUGGUAUACAGAGAUGACAUCCGCAGCAGAGAUAGUCAACGCCGCGAACCCAGAUGCAUUGAUCUUUCUAUCAGGACUCAACUACGACACUACACUCUCGCCCAUCCCAACAGGGGACGAUCUCGGCAGUGGAACGAAAUUCAGCUUAUCUGACUUCCCAUACGCGGAUAAACUGGUCCUAGAACUGCACAACUACGACACGGAAGCAACAAGCUGCGACGACCUCUCCGGCGCGCUCUGGAACGGCGGGUUCAAUGCACAAGACAGCAGCGACUCGUCCAUCGUCAACGUCAUGCCAGUCGUGCUGACCGAGUUCGGCUUCGCCCAGGAUUCCUCAACAUGGCAGAGCGUCUAUGCGAGCUGUAUCCGCGAGUGGAUUCCUGAGCAGCAGGCCGGGUGGAUGGCUUGGACGAUUAGUGGGAGUUAUUAUAUUCGCGAGGGGACGCAGGAUUCGGAUGAUACUUGGGGUAUACUGGAUCAUACGUGGUCGGAGUGGCGGAAUCAGGAGGCUAUUGAGCAGGGGUUACAGGUGAUGGUGGAUGCAUCUAUCUGA